UACGGCAGUGCACUCAGUUCCUCAUCCCUCUGGUGCAAGAUGGCCUCGUCGUUUUGGAAAGGUGUUGUCGGCGUCGGACUGUUUGCUUUAGCUCACGCAGCUUUCUCAGCGGCACAGCAUCGAGCGUACAUGCGACUCACAGAGAAGGAGAACGAGACACUACCUAUUGAUAUUGUAUUACAGACCCUGUUAUCAUUUGUGAUGACCUGUUAUGGUAUUGUCCACAUCGCUGGAGAGUUCAAAGACAUGGAUGCUUCCUCAGAGCUGAAAAACAAAACAUUUGAUACACUGAGGAACCACCCAUCCUUUUACCUUUUCAAUCACCGGGGUCGGGUGCUUUUCCGCUCGCCGGAGGAGGAACCCUCCUCUGCACGCAACCAGCAAGCUCUUCCCAACCCCAUACGACUACGCAAGCUGGAGCAUUUGCACUGAGACUGGCCUUUUCCCUCUUGUAACACUAUCUACGUCAGAUAAGAUUUGUUUUUGUUAGACAGAGGGGGCAAAGUGAGAAUCCAUCUUCCUCUUCUUUUCUAUGUUAUUAACUCAUGCUGUCCAAACUUGCAUCUGCCCAUAGAAGCGGUCACUACCAUGUUCAACACUGACUGUGCCAACCCUUCAGUUUUUCAAGCAGAUUUGUUUGUAUAUAGAGUAUGACAAUGCUUUGGAGUCUUAAGAUACUCAGACAUGUUCCUCUUCUGUCUCCUCUGAACUGAAGUGGGAUAUUGCUGUUCUUUGUAUAUCCUACAUGUGAGGGGCAUAAAAGCGCCUGUUGAGUUUCUGUUUCAUUUCAACCACGUGUCAGAAUUGUUUAACUAAAAAAAGUGUUUUGAUGUAUGAACUGAGGACACGUUUACUUCCUUGUUGAUUUCCUAGAAGCAUAAAGGCUCAUCUGUACAACCUGUAUGCAAUAAAAAGGUUUGCCACAGGAAAUCAGCCUAAGUUUAGAGACGUGAACAGAAAACAUCAGACAGCCGUUCUUCUGAUACUGUGAACAACGAGGCAAAGCUGAACAUAAAUGGUACAUUCGUUUGGGUGAAGUUCAUUUUCUUUUCAUUUUGCAUUUUGUUAGGAUUUAAGAGAUCAUUUUUAAUUUAAUAAAAAGACGUACUGAUUUUACAAGCU